AUGAUGUAUAGGAUACCUGCAGUCAAGGUGAUCACCUCCCCUUCUCGAUCAUCAGCGCCGUACAAUAAGGCCGAGUCUUCGUUCGCGCUCCAAGGCGAGUCGGUAGACGUCUUUGGCACGCUCCAAGCCAGCGCCCCAGAAGGCGGGUCCAGUUUCCUCGUAGACUUCAAGAACCCACACUUCGUCGGCCCCUCACCGCCAUCCUCCCCAUCCCGACUGUUCAGCUGGAACGGUACCGACGGGGCGCACGAGCUCGUCGCCCUCACCAGCGACGCAGACAUCGCCAUCGACGCCUUCCAGGUCGGGCUCGGGCCCGGGUCUCUCGCCUCGUCGUCGCUCCGCUCGAGCGUGACGCGCGGCCUCGCGCGGGACACUGGCGGGGUAGAGCGCGCCGGGCUCGUCACCGCCGCGGCGCUCGACGGGCUGAUCGUGCUCGCGCUCGCGGCGGUCUUCGUCGCGCUCUGGGUGCGCGAGCGGGGGACCAACCGCGUGGUAUCGAUUGCCUUUACCCCCUCGUCCGACCUCGUCCGAGCUGCCGACUUCUAA